AUGUUCACUAGUAGUAUUCACUCCAAAAAUCAGAGUGUAGACAUCUCUAAUUCUAAGACUACUGAAGGAUCAGAUGCACCAGUUGAUCUUUUUGUUGACCUUGAACAGGUUGAAGACUCAGGUGAUGGAACAACUUCUGAUCAACAAAUUCUUCAUGGAUUCAAACUUGUGCUUUGUUCUGUCUCGCUACUAUUAUGUAUGUUUAUUUUUGCUUUGGAUCAGACUAUAACAGUCACAUUGCUUGAGACGGUAGGAAAUAAGUUCAACUCAUUUGGGAAGAUCAGUUGGAUCACAAUUGGAUUUUUCCUUCCAGUUGCUGUCUUGUCCAUGAGUUGGGGAAGUAUUUCCCUGAUCUUUGGUAGAAAAAUAUGUAUGCUCAUAUCAAUUGUUUUAUUUGAAGCAGGUAGUUUAAUGUGUGCUCUGGCACCAUCAAUGAAUGUGCUUAUCGGAGGUAGAAUCAUUGCAGGAAUAGGAGGAGGCGGUAUUCAGACUAUGGUAUUUUUGAUUCUUACUGAAAUUGUAACCAUUGAAAAACGAGGUUUGAUGAUUAGCUUCAUUGGUUUGUCAUUUGGAAUCGCAUCUGUUGUGGCACCCCUUAUUGGAGGAGCUUUGACUACACAUGUUUCCUGGAGAUGGUGUUUCUAUAUCAACUUGCCUAUUGGAGCAGCUGCUUUUUUCUGCAUCGCUUUACUAUUUAAUCCACCAAAGGUUGCCGGUAGUUUCAAGGAGAAGAUUAAGAAGGUGGACUAUAUUGGAGUAUUGCUACUGGCAAUUGGUCUUUCAUGCCUGCUGCUUCCUCUGUCAUUUGGAAGUUCAACCAGCCCUUGGAAUUCUGCUGAAGUCAUUAGUUUGUUCGUAAUUGGAUUUUUUGGCUGCAUUGCAUUUUUCAUUUACAAUUUUUUCAUUUCUAAAGUUCCCUUAAUUCCUCGCAGGAUUGCUAAAGUGGCUCAGGUUGUGCUCCCCUGUUUGGGUCUCUUUGGGUGCUAUGGUGCACUCAUGAUUGGGUGUAUUUUUUUGGCAACAUUUUUUCAAGUUGUCAAAGGAGCUGAUGGAAUGCAAUCUGGAAUUGAUAUUCUUCCACUUAUUUUACCCACAAUUCUAGCAAUUAUAUUCAGUGGAGCGAUCGUGUCUAAGAAGGGAAUUACCAAGCCACUAGCAAUUGUUGGUUCAGCUCUUAGUACGGUUGGAUUUGGUCUGUUGACUUUAUUAAAUGAGAAUUCACCCUCCUCCAAACGAAUUGGAUAUCAAAUUUUGGCAGGUGUCGGUUUGGGUCUGUUAGUGCAGCCAAUGACAAUUAGCGCUCAGAUAGCUUCACCAAAAUCCAAUGGAGGAGUUUUGAUAGCCACUUCUAUGGUCACAUUGUUUAGAUCCUUGGGAUCUAUUUUGGGAAGUUCUUUAGGACAGGUGGUUCUAAAUGUUGUUUUUGGGAAUAAACUCAAUGACUACGGUGCAGUUGUUGGAUUUACAACUAGAGACAUUGUGAACAACCCUGGACUAAUUGCCGCAUUACCUGAAGACAAGAUACCACUGGCAAUCAAAGCAUUUGUAGAAGGAUAUCGAGAUGUCAUGUUUCUUGGAAUGGCAUUUUCAAUCAUUGCCUUUCUUACCACCCCUUUCUACACUAAUAAGCGGGUUCCCAUUGCGCCUAAAUCUCAGGAUUGA